AAUCACAUUUCUUGUGAAGCGACAGGGUGUCUAGACGCACAUGUGACCAGGCGUGGAGACGGGGCAAGGGCAACACACACACACACACACACACACACAAAACACUCCGCGUCACACACACACACACACACAGAGUUCUCCCCCCGCCUGUAGGGAACACACACACACACACACACACACACACUCUCACGUCUGCCACGCAUAAACUGUCCAGCGCUUGAAGGAAAGGCAGCAAGGUUUCCCGCUGAAGGAUAUUUUUCCGCGUUGGCUCCUCUUGGAUUCUAUGUGGAUUUUAACGUGGAUUAAACGGGCCCACUUUUGCCGUAGCUCGGCGGAGCCAACCCCCACUUCCACACACUCCACCACCGGGGGCGAUGUUUCCGCGGCACCGCUGACCGACCCACCGCGGAGCGUGUAGCGGGGGGAGAAGUGCUCCCUACCCCGGCGUCGUGCUGCAGCCUCCCCCCUCCUCCUCCUCCUCCUCUUCCUCUUCAGGCUGCUCGUCACCGCCUGGACUCGAACCCGGCAAUCUUCAUGAUUUGCGGACACCAUGCUCGUUUUUUAGCCGGGGAACCCUCAUCAUCUCGUCCCGCAUGUUCAGGACCAAACGGUCGGGGCUCGUCCGGCGACUUUGGCGGAGCCGCGCGCCCGCGGAGGGCGACGGGGAGGUCGGGGACAGAGGGACGCAUGGCCCCGGGGGCUGCUGCAUGGGCAAAGCGGCCAAGGUGGCCAAGACCCACUCGGCCGGCGGCGGCUCGGAGGCUGAAUUGAAGGCGCUCACCCACUCCGUGUUGAAGAAGAUUAAAGAGAAACAAUUAGAGGUGCUUUUGCAGGCGGUGGAGUCCAAGGGGGGAGCGCGGAGCCCCUGCUUGCUCUUACCCGGCAAAGUGGACGCCAAAGUGGGUCAAGUGUCUUACUCCCUCCCCAUGCUGCUCUACAAAGUGUUCAGGUGGCCCGACCUCAGGCAUUCCUCGGAGCUCAAGAGGCUGUCGUGCUGUGAAUCCUACGGGAAAAUCAACCCGGAGCUCGUCUGCUGCAACCCGCACCACAUGAGCAGGCUCUGUGAACUCGAGUCUCCUCCUCCUCCAUAUUCCCGCUAUCCCAUGGAUUAUUUUAAACCACCAGAUUCUCCGGACUCAGGACCUUCAUCCAGUGAGACCGGGGGAACCACUUACUCGGCCCCUGUGGGGCUUUCAGAUUCCUUGGCCAUCCAGGAGUCGGGGGAGCGGGCCCACUGGUGCGUGGUGGCGUACUGGGAGGAGAAGACCCGCGUGGGACGCCUCUACUCGGUCCAAGAGUCCUCCUUGGACAUCUUCUACGAUCUACCUCAGGGGAACGGCUUCUGCUUGGGCCAGCUCUGCUCGGACAACAAGUCUCAGCUGGUGCAGAUGGUCCGCGCCAAGAUCGGCUACGGCAUCCAGCUGACGCGCGAGGCCGACGGCGUGUGGGUGUACAACCGCAGCUGCUACCCCAUCUUCAUCAAGUCGGCCACACUGGACAACCCGGACUCGCGCACGCUGCUGGUGCACAAGGUGUUCCCCGGGUUCUCCAUCAAGGCGUUCGACUACAACAAGGCCAGCAGUCUGCAGAGGCCCAACGACCACGAGUUCACGCAGCAGCCGCGCACGGGCUUCACGGUGCAGAUCAGCUUCGUGAAGGGCUGGGGUCAGUGCUACACGCGGCAGUUCAUCAGCAGCUGCCCCUGCUGGUUGGAGGUCAUCUUCAACACCCGAUAGCCCAGACUCUUUCUGUCCCACACCUUCACACGCAGACGGUCACCACACAAGAGACUUUCUUUAAUAAAGACGAAUUGGAGAGAAAAAAUAAAGAGGCGAGAAAUGUAUUUUAUGUUAUAUAUAUAAAUAUAUUAUUAAUUGUAAAUACGAAGACGUUUUAUAUGCAUCAUUAUUUAUGUAUUGUGCAAUGUGUUGAUGAGAAAAAAGAAAAAUAAGAUGCACUUUGCUUAAUAUAAAUGCAAAACAAAGAAAUGCCAAAAUAAUUAAAAAAAAAAAUACAA